AAUAGACUAUACUAAAUCACAUCAUAGAUUUGAGAGCUCUCCUUCCUGUCCUGGGCUUGGAACGGUAAUUUAUUUCUCCAGACAAGCAGCUAGUCUAGCCACUCCUCCGAAACCCCCUUAUCCGUUACAGCUGCUGAGCACUCGCGCUAUCUUCUCAGCCACGAGGUGUCCACGCGCAGUUCCCGGGUGGUGAUUGGUUAAAGACGACACAAACAUCGUUUUCAACCAAUGAGAGUGAUGUGCAUGCGCUGAGCCAUAACUUGCAUUCUGCUUCCACGUGCUCAGCUGAAGCGAUCAACAACGCUGGUGAAUCACUGGCUGGUCUCCUCAUAUAAAAGCUGCGCCUUCUUCGUUUAUAGAUCAUAAAGUUAACAUGAGAGUAGGUUAUACCUGAUGAUAGUCAUACACUAAAGCAAGCAUUUUGCGCUGGUUCGGGGUCGUAGAACUCUGAAACCCACUCAGUCAAUCAUAUUGACUUUGACUGUCUUAUUGAACAACAAAACAUCAACUUCGAAUUGGAAUAGCUCUGAACUUCUUGCAUUUCAAAUCUUCUUCGACUUGGAUAUCUAUUCAAUAGCGAACAUGGUUGUUAUGUCAAAGAGAGUGAAGACCUUCGAGGUUAUUUUCAGCGAUCCUAGCAAGGCUUUCUACUGCAGUGGAGACAAAGUAGCCGGGAGGAUUGUGGUGGAAGUAGCGGAGGUGACGAAAGUCUCGGCUAUGAGAGUGCUCGGAGUUGGAUGCGCAAAAGUGGAAUAUGCCAAAGGAAAGCAGAAAUGUCGACAGGAGAAUGAGUACUUGAGAUACGAAGAGGUUGUUCAACUUGAUGACCAGCCAGCUGGUAAGAUCCUCAUUGAAUUAUCCCCUGCAAUCAAUAUGAUAAAGAAUUUAUUUUAAAGUUUAGCCAAAUGGAUGCCCAUUUAGCUGGUGCUGCUGUUGAUGAUGAUAGUGACUCAAAGAUCAAUUGUAACACGCAUUUCAAAUGUGAAGGUCACUGUAAGGAUCGAGUUACAGAUUAAUGUGAAGGAUUAGGUUAGUUUACCUAGCAGUUAUAUGGGUUGUUCUUUAGAUUUAGUGUCCCCUACUUAUGAGGAGUCAUUGAUUUAGAGUUGAAUUUCACAGAAUGAUUGACUGGCCAAUAAAAAACCUUCUGACAGCAGUAACUGAGCAGUGCAUGGUCAGUCGAUACAGGGAAUCCCCUUAUGAGGUGUCAAGAAUUUAGUAUCUAUGUUUCGCCAUACUUGGCUGAGGGUGGCAUGGUGUCCUUGGCAAACCUCCACGGCUUGGCUUGGCAGGAAGUUAACAUAGCUGAUAGUCCAAAGUAAAAAUAAAAUAAAGCAGCCUUUUGCCUGAUUAAUGGAAUUGGCAAGAUAAAUCACCUUUUCAUUAAAUCACUUUCUUUUCAUUUUCAGAUCAUGAUGGAUCUGUUAUCCUUAGACCUGGCAACAAGUACGAGUACAUGUUUGGAUUUGAGCUCCCCCAGCAAGGGUAAGUCUAUGCAUUGGCCUGUAUGCUUUUAUUGAGUCCAUACAAGAGAACUUCCUCUCUGGGUCUGUGGCUCUGUCUUAUCUUUUCAUUUUUGUUUCCCCACAGGCAGAUUGUGUCUUCCUACAAGGGCAAGUUUGGCUAUGUCCAAUACUAUGUCAAGGCCUUUAUGGAGAGGCCUGCUCAGCCUGCCCUGGAGUGCCAGAAGCACUUUGAGGUGGAGGAGCCCCUGGAUGUGAACACACCAGAUCUGCUGGUGAGUUAAUCUCAUUUAUCACAAAGCCUGAACUGCAAAAGUAGAAACUUGAAGUCUGAAAGGAACAAAUAUUUAAUAGUAUUUCUGAUACAUAACAUAUGACAUUCUGAAAGCAUUCAGAGUGAGCAGUCUGUAUCAGACUUUUCCCUUGAGCUAUAAAUUCAAAUGUGGGAUUACAGUCAUGUGACAUGCCCCGGGAACCUGUGUCACAUCCUGCUCAGCUGCCUUCCUUGUAAAGCAUGGACAGAUUUGACCGCAUGCUAUUCAGGUCAUAGGUCCUAGAAGUCUUCAAAUUAUUAAGUUAACUUUGCAUUUAUGUGGACAUGAAGGAAAAUAGAUAUUGAAUUAGAGCUCUCUAACAUGGUUAAACAUUUAUGUUAAAGUGAGCCCCUGUGAAACCAUGCCAUCUUUUUCUCGCCCUCUCUUCAGGCUCCUACAGGUGGCAUGAAGGAGAAGAAGGUCACCUGCAUGUUCAUUCCCGAUGGCCAGGUGUCCCUGAACGCCAAGAUUGACCGCAAGGGGUUCUGUGAGGGUGAAGACAUCUGCAUCAGUGCCAAGUUUGAGAACACCUGCUCACGCAUUGUGGUGCCAAAGGCAGCCAUCAUCUCCAAGCACACCUACCAGGCCAAUGGUAGGACCAAGGUCUUCCGACAGAAGCUCUCCUCUGUGCGUGGCAACCACAUCAUCUCCGGCAUGUGUGAUGCCUGGCAGGGCAAGACCAUCCGGGUGCCCAAGAUCAAGCCCUCCAUGCUGGGCUGCAACAUAAUCCGUGUAGAGUACGCCCUCAUGGUGAGCAUCUUGAGUCCCUCCAACUAGCAUAAUAGCAUAGUGCUAAUGGUUUUGGUGGUAAGCAGCCGUUGGGGAAAUUAAGUGUAUUUAUUAACUGUCAAACUAAUGCAUCAUACACAUGCUUGUAAUACUAUGGUCAUUACUCUAAAUCCGCCAGUCCUUCAGUUAGAUAAGAGGAUAGCCAAGUGACCGCACUAGUUAGACAUGCAGCCUUUUGAAAUGGCCACUCGGCAAGUCUGGUUUCUAACGUUAUCACCUCCUCCAGAUCUACAUGCACAUCCCAGGCAGCGAAAAGUUGAUCCUGGAGCUGCCGCUGGUCAUCGGCACAGCCGGGCUUGGAAGCCGCACCAACAGCGUGAGCAGCACAGACGGCUCUGUCAGCAACGCCUCAGCCAGCUGGGUGUCCCUGCGCAUGCCUUCUGCUCCCCCCAGCUACUGCGACAUCACCCGCGACUGCCGCCUGGACCAGCCCCUCACGCCUCUGCUGAAUGACUACGAUGGCGAUGACAGCCCCAUCUUCAUGCACUCCCCAGCGUUCCAGUUCCCACCCCUGCCUGCCUACUCUGAGGUGAGUGUCUAAAAAAUAAAUGCAGAGUGAUUAAGUGAUAAGAUAUCUCCAUGAUGGUACUAGUUGAAGUGUGAAUUAAUUGAUGAGCAGGUGAUCUAAACCAAGUGUCUCUCGUUUGUUUCAGGUUGAUGAGGAGUUAAAUGGCAACGCUCACAUGCUGCAGGUCUGCUGAAUUACCUCGGCGCUUCCAGAACUCUGGGCCACUUUCGACACUUAGCUCACUUGAGCAGAACAUCCAAACUACUUAUGGAGAAGUGUUGGAUGGACUUUGGGAAGUGAUGUGGUGGCGGAUAACGGUGCUGGCCCUGCAUCGAGAAAGGGAGAGGCUGUGACGGGCAAGAGGUUGAAGUGUUCUUGUGCCGGCGCUGUCGGCAAUCUUUGCUGCACCACCUAAGCUGAUCUUAUUCUGUUUCCUCCUGGACUGUUGCUGUUCCGGUUUCUGCACCUGACUGUGACACAGACCUCGUGGUUUGCGAUGUCUUGUCCAUGAGUUUCCCACUGGGGCCAAGCACUUGUUCUUAAGUCCCAAACUGAUUAUGAAUAAG